AGCGCCUCCCCCACCCCUGAGGAGAUGGCGGGUUUGACGUGGCUGCAGCAGCAGCAGCUGAAGCUGAAGAGAAAGCGAGAGAUGCAGAGGUUAGGGCAGACAUACACUCCCGACUACAGCUCCUCCACCCCAUCCACUCCUCCUUACGCCCACCCUGGCUCCAGCCUCAUCACUACCACAACUGUACAAACAUUUACCUAUAGCACAACAUCUACCUCUUCCCCCCUGGCCUCCAGCCCACAAUCCUCUCCUCAGAUUCAAACCACCGGCCCUGCUCCGGUACGCAGUGUCGCCGCCCCAGCAUCCGUCGUCUCCCAGCCCCCGCAAAGGCCGGGUGUCGUGGUAACGCAGGAGAAAACCUUCCAGGAGUACACCAAUGAACUUCUAAGUAAGAAGCCUCCAGCGCCUCAGAGGAUGCACUCGCCGAAGAGAUCGGAGAGAAAACAGAUCACGCCGACGACGUCGGUAACGGUAACCCCCGUGCUGGAGCGGCCGGCAUCUCCACAGGUCCCUACGAGGAGUAGCAGCAAGGACGCCAUGAUGCGCCGAGGGUGGCAGAGUCACGGGAGACCGCUUGGGCGACAAAUGUCGGAUACGACGCACGACCGCGAACGACCGUUCGUUCAGCCCAAAGGUUACGAACCCCUGGUAACCACCACGCCGGUUCAACCGUACCAGUCUUCGUACACUUCGUCGUACUCAUCGGUUUCUUCGACGGCGUCUAGUUCUCCACACAUCGGGCUGCGCGCUACUCCUCCACCAACCAGGAAGGCCGCUCCCGAUCCCGAUUUCGGAAUUUACUCGAAAACGGAGCCUGACGACCAAGGAGCGGAGAAGAAGGGUUUGGUGGGACAGAGAGUGAAGGAGUUCGAAGGAACGUUGCGUUUUGCGGGUAAUUGGCCGUACCGGUUGGAGAGUGACGUUGCGGGGACCAUGCAUGGAACGGGAGCUCGAUACGUCAACGGAAAUGGGAACCCAGAAGGUUCCCACCUUGGGUGGAAUGACUAUCACUCCAAGCUGCGUCAGCUUCAAGAGGACCUGAAGAUUGAGGAGCAGAGGCCGGGACCGUCGCGGUACCUCCGCCGCACCCGCAGCACAUCCGGGUACGAGUCGGACAGCGCCACGUAUUCCCCGCCGUCCCUGCGGCGCCGGGAACCCGUGGAGAGGUGCCUGUCUCCGGAGCUGGUGCACACGCUCUCCAAAAACCCAGGAGCAAGGCCUAAAGAGCUAUUUACAUUUGAGGAAUUCAAAGAAGAGGAGGAAGAUAAUGAUGAAGUUUUUGUGGAGGAGGAUAUGUGGGAUUUCAAUACUCCUAUUAGUAAAGUCCUUUAUGACAUCCACAGUUAUCUGGAGGAUUUGGAUGAAGCUAGUCAGUUGGACCGUGGGCAGGGUCUGCGCCGCCCUACCAGCCCGGAUUCUGUGGACGGGUACGGGGAACCGACGACCCCGAACUUCCCCACCACCCCUCGGACUCCUUACGCCAACUUGGGUAAGAGCCCGACCGGCAAAUCGCCCAUCUACGGGAAGACGCCGCUCUCGGAACUGGGGCUGAAGGGAAUGGAACCGAUAUCGCCUCCGUCUCCACCGCAGGAGGGACAGAAAGAUCUGCUAGCGCGCAGUUUUGUAGAGCAGAGGGCAGAGAGUGCCGUACGGAAGGGCUUCAAGCCUGGAGAGUUAACACCUAUGACAAAAUGGAGCUACACCGCGAAGGCUACAGGGCCCAAAUAUACACAAGCUGGAGGCGCUCCACCAGACCGUGGGCCUGAGAUGACCACCCCGAUGGAUCAGAACCUGACAGUGGAGGUGGAUGUACUUACGGCUGACCUCACCAGCAGUUUUGUUGGAGGGGAGGAGCCAAGAGUGUUACCCCAGGCACCGCCUAGUCCUGAUAUCUGGGAGGUCACACCGCCGCAGAUGAACGGGAGAGGACCGUACGAUAGAGGCCCCGGAUCGUACGAUAGAGGGCCCGCGUCAUACGACAGAGGGCCGGGGUCGUAUGGCCGCGGGCCGGGAUCCUAUGGCCAGGAGGAACCACCAAGAACGGAAACUAACAUCUUGCAAAAGACGAGCAUUCUGACGACAACGGUGUCGACAACCAAAACUCCUGGAAGGCAACCAGCUCCAAGGUACAGCUAUCAAGUCAUGCAAUAG